AUUUUGCUGUGCGCCGCGCCGCAGUCGCUUGAAUUUCGCCGUCGGGCAGCGUUGUCGUUGUUUUUCCUAUCCUCUUUUUCACUUUGAAAAAUUGCGUGUACGGCGGCGAAAAUUAAUUUUCAUGAUUUGAAUUGCAAAAUGAGGCAUUUUCAUAAUUAUUUGAGUUGUGUUUGUCAAAGAAAAAUAGAAAAAAGUACUUAUGUGACAAGUUAAAAUAGAAAAGAAAACGUUAAAAGUUUGUCUUAAUAAAAACUGGAUUUGCAAAAAAGAAAAGAAAGAAAUUUUGCGUGAAGCUGAGCGCGCAGUUUGAAAUAUAAAAAAAAGUGUUUGAUAGUGAAUUGUUUCGAACCGUGGUAUCGAUAUUUGAAGUGCAUCAGUUAUAAUUUUUUGAUUGUAUACAGAGUUUUGGUAGCCUCAGGCACCAGGUGUUGCUUGUCUCACCAGCUACGCUACGAUAUCGCUGGCCGGCAGCUGUAUCCGUUGUGUGCGCAAUCAGCGCUAAUGCUUUGCGCUUAAGGACUCAUCAUUUAUGUGGCUUUGGUGAAAAGAUAAUUUUUUCAACUUGUUGGGUUCCUGGCUAGUUAAAGUUUAUGUCAGAAGACCGCCAAAUUUCUAUACAAUAUUCAUAGAAUACUUCAUAAAUUACCCAUCCACAAUGGAGACCAUAGAUGAACAAUCAAAAAGUGAAAUGUCAAUUUCACCCUCACCCUCGCCGGAGAAUCUCAGGAUCUGUCUUGUUGGUGAUGUUGUCAACGAUGCGGAAACCGUGGAGGCUGCACGUUGCUUUAAUGUUCCUGUCAUCACCUCUGAGAAUGGCUUGGAUGUUCUCAACGAUUAUGAGUGGCGUACCUAUUUUGUGCUGAAAGAUUUUGAGGGCCCCAUUUACGAUGCGAUACACAAGAAUAAGCAAUGCAUCUUGGGCCCACCUGCCUUGAAGCAUGCAGCCGAAUCAAAGGAUGGACUUAUACGCAACGCGCGACCCAUUUACAAUUAUUCAAUGCGCGGCGUGGUGACGUGUUUUACGGGCAUCCGCAAGAAGGAUGAGCUGACUCGUCUCGUCAAUCUGAUACAUUCGAUGGGCGGAUGCAUACGCAAAGACAUGAAUUCCAAGAUCACACAUCUAAUUUGCAGUCACAGUGGCGGUGAUAAGUAUCAAUACGCAAAAACUUUUCGUUUGACCGUGGUGCGGCCGGCCUGGGUUUAUGCCGCAUGGGAGCGGCGCGACGAGCUGCAGUUUCGUGCAACGACCGACGAUUUUUCCCGCGAGCAUAAACUGAAAGCAUUUGAAGGUCAGAAGAUUUGUUUCUUCGGCUUUCCCGCGGACGAGCAUCAACACAUGGUGGAUGUUUUGAUCAGCAAUGGGGGCGUGCCGGCAGAGUUGGACGAUCCCGAGUGCUCGCAUGUCGUCAUGCCUAAUACCGGUGGUUAUUUUCUCGAAGCCAUCACUAACACUUGCAAUUCACCUAAGCCCCAGCCUAUAACUAACCUUCACCCUAAUCCUGACCCAACAAAUCCUAGACCUGCUCCCGCUUGCGCCACAAGUGGCUCACAAGAACUUAAGGGCGUUAAUGUUGAAGCAACCGCAGCUGUUGCUGAGAUGCCACAAAACGAAAUUAUCGAAAAGAUUGAAGAAAAGACUGCUAAACCAAAUGAGACUGAAACAGAGACUUUCCCUGAGGCUGAUGAAUGUCAAAUGGAUGUUGAAAGUCCGCAUUUGACUUCGAACAAGAAUGAGUUUGUUAAAGAUGAUGAAAAUGUAGAUGCAGAUGAUGAUGGCGAUUAUUUUGAUGAGCGCUUGGUGGUGGACUAUGAUCGCAAUAAGGAACUGCAAUGUGGCUCCCCACUACCUGAGGGUGUCGACAUAGACGAUCCGGACGAUUACGCUCCCCCAGCCCGGCAACUGAGUGCCAACACUCCACUAAAACAGCCAAAUUUGCCACUGCAGGAAUCAAAAUCGCCACAAUAUGACAUAAAUUCUAAUUCGAGCAAGGCCAAAGUGGAAGAAUCAAAACCCUUACCACCCAAUCCAAUCGAUGAAAAUGCCAGCACACCCAUAAAAGUGGCCAACACUGACGCUGACGCUGGCGAGCAUAGUAGUAAAAACACCACCGAUGGCGCCAUUCUUACGAAAGAAGCGGACAAUGCAUUUCAUAAUCCAAAUAACAUAUCACCAAUAUUAAGUGUUAGACAGGAGGCGGAAGCGUCCCAAGCAAGAUCAUCGUCAAGCAUAAAAAUUCCAAAGUUGGUGAUCACUACCAACUCAUCGCCUGAAAAUGAACCACUUCCGAUGGAGACCGACACAGACGUUGUGCUCGCCGAUGAGGAAGACUUCGGUGACCUUAACGAGCUGAAACGUAAACGCGAGAGCUUCGAUAGUAUUUCACUGAUGUCGGUGGAGUCUUUCGCCUUGCCGAAUAGCACGAAGAAGCCAAAGCUCAUACGCGCCGGAUCCAUUACACGUUCAAUACGUAGAUCCAUGAGCUUUGUAGCGGUACGCACACCUAUAUCGAAAAUGAUGCGGCCACGACGCAGCUCAGUGGCACUCGAUUCUGCACCAAAUGGUGAAGAGGGCGGCUGCAAUGUGGAUGAUUCAUUCUGUUCGAUUGCGUCAAUGGAAACUACAUUCAAUGAGUCGAUUUGCAAACCGGUGAAGGAGAAAUUUCGCAGCCUUCGCGACCGCAUAACGCGUAGUAGUAGUAAGAAAGACAAAUACAACGUGAAUACGCUACAGCCUACGACUACGCCAGAAAAGGACGAAAAAUGUGAACGAGAAUUGCCGAGUAGUGGUUUCAAAACGCCCAAAGCGCCAACUAAGUUUUUAAGCGCCGCAGCAAGGGCAAUUGGCACUCCCAAAUCGCUUACGAAAAUUGUGCUAUCUGCACCAUCGCCAUCGCCGCAGUCAACUGCGUCGCCUAAGCAGUGUGCUGAGAUCAAUUCUGCUGCAGCUGUUUCUAUUCCUGCAACUUACAUUCCCACAACUCCUACACCCUUUCCUGUGCCCGCGCUUCGUUCAUCUCCCAUUCGUAGUUCAAAUCAGCCGAUUAACUCAGAGAUAAUACAUCAGGAAAGUCCAUUUCAAGUUCAUGCUCACUGUCAGGCCGUCCAAAACCAGCGUACUGCGCUCCCUCAGCAGCGUGAGAAUUUGCUAAAAAAUGCUGGUGGAUGCUCGUCAAUGGUUGUCGAUGAGCACACCACUCAAACCAAGCCAGAUCCGAAGAAUCACCGCACGCACAUCCUCAAGUCCGAUUGGUUCUGGUACACCAUACAGAAUGGCUACGCGGACGAGAUGGAUUACCUAUUUGGCGAUUAUUUGGACAGUAUUGCGAACACGCCUAAUACGGAUCGCCGUGAUUCACUGCCCAUCAGCUUUAACAAGCGCAAACGGAAACGUUUCUCGCAGCGCAUACAAUUUGAAGGGACACCAAUGGGCUCGGGUAAACGACGUUCGUCUGUUUCGGACGCCGGUUUAUUGUCCGUUUCGGGUAGUUUCUUUGACUGUACUACCAGUCCGGAUAAGUUGGAGGCUGGGAAAUUGCAUAACGAAGUGCGUAUUGAAACACCUACGGUUACGGAGACCACACCGGCGAAGAAGUCGAUGCGUUUCAAUCAUUUUAUGGACUUUUUCAGCACCGAGUCCAACUAUGUGGGCAUAUUAGACACAAUUGUAAAGCUCUUCAAGAAUCCGCUCGAGGAAAUUGCCGAGACCAGCGACGAGCUACUCAAUAAAUCGGAAAUCAAAUCGAUUUUCAAUAAUUUUCUUCCCAUACACGAAGUGCAUCAGAGCAUGUUGGAAAGUCUGCGUGCGAUACAGAGUAAAUGGUCAGAGGAUUGCUUGAUCGGCGAAAUCAUACUGCAACAUCGCGAUGAGCUAACUAAGGCAUAUCCGCCCUACGUGAAUUUCUUCGAGCAGAUGAAAGAAACGCUGCAACAAUGUGAUAGUCAAAAUCCACGCUUCCAUGCAUUUUUAAAAAUCAAUCAAACGAAGCCUGAGUGUGGGCGACAAAGCCUGCAGGAUCUAAUGAUACGUCCUGUGCAACGAUUGCCAAGCAUUAGUUUGUUGUUGAACGACAUUUUAAAGCACACAAAUAAAAAUAAUCCAGACUAUGCCAAGUUGGAGCAAGCAUUGAAGGCCAUCAAGGAAGUUAUGAUGCACAUUAACGAGGACAAGCGGAAGACGGAAUCGCGCAUGGCAAUAUUUGAUAUCUUCAAUGACAUUGAAGGAUGUCCGCCGCAUUUAGUGUCCUCGAACCGCAGUUUUAUUUCCAAGUGCGAAGUAACUGAAUUGUCCGACAGUCUAAGUGGGCGUGGCGACUCGCUGAUGUUGUACUUAUUCUCAGACACAAUUGAGGUGUGUAAAAAGCGUUCGCGUGCCUUCAACACAGCUAAAUCGCCGAGCACCACCAAGUCACACAAGCAUGUGAAAUUAAUAUCGUUGAACGCGAUACGUUUUGUCAUUGACAUCACCGAUAGUCCGCGUGCGUUUGCCUUGCUUUGUCGGCAGGAUAAGGAGAAGCUGCAUUCUUUCACCUUAGCUGAUGAAGAAAUCGAUAAGGUGGUAUACUUAAAGGUCUUGUGCAAACAAAUGGCUGAGAAUGCCUGUCGGACGGACACGGUGAGCGCAUUACUGAGUCGCACCUCACAGGAGUUGGAAGUUGAUAUCAGUGAUGUGAAUUUGAGCACAUUGUCGAAGGCGUUCAAGUUGGCGGCGCGUACGCGUCAGAAGGUGGGUCGCGCAUUUUCAUUCAACAAGACUCCCUCCAAAUUGAAGCGAGCUGUUUCCACAAUGAUGACACCACCUUUUGGCAGUACAAACUCGUUGACGCCCGCCUCACAACUAGCGCAAAUGCGUUUGGCAAGCUGUGCAAAUAUACACGAGGCGGUUAAUGAAGAGGGUAACCGUAGCAGUUCACCUUCUGCCGAAUCGGAGAUUUUGCUGCCACCACUUUCUGUACAACCGAUGCGCAAAAAUAAGUCCUCAACGCUGGGUGUUGUUGGACGUAUUUAAAGAAUUUUCAGCUGUUGAACGGUGAAUUAAUCUAUCGAAUUUGUCUGUAAUGCAACAGCGUUCGAAAUGCUGGUGAACGGUCACUCAGUUAUUUGCAUCACUCGCAACGCUUUUUUGUAUUUUGUGAAUAAAUUGCAAUUUCGCUCUUGGGACUCUACUCGCUGCGUAAAAGCGUCAUCAGAAUUAUAACAACAGCUGCGUAAGAAUUUAUUUAAAGCGUUACUUUAAUUGAAUGCCAUGUGAUGUUUUGUUUACUGGGCCUUGUUGUCAUGCCCUCUCGAAUGUGUUUAUUAUGAAACAAAAAAUCUAUCUGAAAAAUAUGCUCAUUUUGGUACAAUAUUAUUGUGUGUGAUCGUACACCUACAUAUUUAUGCCUAAAUUGUAUGGGGUUUAGUGUUGUGCGACGCGCCUCUUUUGUGUAGAAUUUCCACAUGGAAUUGUCUGUAGUUUUAGAAAGCAUAUUUAUGUGUUUUUCGUGUUUGACAUUGUAAAUAUAAUAUGUGUCUAUCUAUAUAAAUAUACGUCAGCGAAUAUCGUGUUCGAUUAUAAUUUUAAGAUUGCGAAACCCCUCCAUCAUCUUGUUUU